AUGGAGAACAAGGGAAUGUAUCUGAGCACGAACGACGAGAGGGAAAACUCCUCCAUGUAUGAAGAAGCCUUCGACGGACACAACCUGUCCAAACUCAACCUCUGUGAUGAAGUUUCUUCAACGCGCCGCAGAAAGCAGGACCAGUGCUGCAGCCACCUUAACUCCCUCUCAGCCAUCAAGUACGCCAUCGUCUCCCUUUACAUCCUGGUCCUUCUCACCAUCUUUGGACUCUGUCUGGCAGUCUCCCGCUCCCAGGUGUCUUCGCAGCGGCAGGAGGUGCUGAUGGAGAACGUGACCCGGAUGUCGGAGCGCUCCCGGCUGCUCCAGCAGAACCUGGGCGAGGCAUCCACGCAGGCCGACCUGCUGGAGAACAUCUGGAAGCUGGAAAACCUUUUCCAGAAUCACAGUAACUGGCUGCAGAGGCUGGAAAUCCUCAUCAAGGGCCUGGAGGUGGAGCUGAGGAGCAUGCAGGCUCACUCCCUUCAGUCAGAGGGCUACCUGGUGCAGCUGGACGACAGGUUAUCCUCGCUGAGCAACUCCGCCGGCAGGAACCUGACGGGCCUGUCCGUAGACGUGGCCCGAGCCUCCAGAUGGCUCCGUGACCACGACGUCCUGCUCAGAGAUACCUCGAGUCAGGUGAGCGGGUUAAGAGAGAAACUGGACGAGGUGAACUGGACGGUGGGAGCUGUUAACCACACCUUCAGCAACGACAUCAGUAUUCAUCAUUUAAAGAUACAAGAUUUACAGAUCCAGAUUAGCAACAUAACGGAGGACACCAGCAGUUUGUGGGUGACCCACGUACACACGGAGGCCCAGCUGAGGAACGAAAUGGAAAUCCUGAACACGAUCACCGAAGACCUGCGUCUGAAGGACUGGGAGCACUCCAUGACCCUGAAGAACCUCACGGUAUUGGAAGGACCACCAGGGCCAAAGGGAGAAAAGGGUGACAAUGGCGAACUGGGGCCACCAGGGGCCCCUGGGCUGACUGGCUUAAGAGGACUUAUUGGUGAAAAAGGCAUCCAGGGCCCCCGGGGAAUCAAAGGGUCUGUCGGGGAUGACGGCAUGCACGGAGAUAAAGGAGAUGUCGGACCUGCUGGGCCUAAAGGUGCCCGAGGAGAAAGAGGAUUCAAAGGGGAGAAAGGCGAUCGAGGAGAGCAUGGAGAGAAAACAGUGGAGGAGACCCUGGUGCGGCUGGUGAACGGAUCCGGCCGCCACGAAGGCCGGGUGGAGGUUUUCCACGAGAAUCGCUGGGGGACGGUGUGCGACGACGUCUGGGACAAAAAAGACGGCGACGUGGUUUGCAGGAUGCUGGGAUACCGAGGAGCUGUUGACGUUCACAAGACCGGACGGUUCGGACAAGGUACGGGUCUGAUCUGGAUGGAUGACGUGGCGUGUACGGGGACUGAAGACAUCAUCCACGAGUGCAAGUUCUCCGGCUGGGGCAAAACCAACUGUGGCCACGUGGAGGACGCCGGCGUGACCUGCGCCACCUGAGGCCCCUGAACCUCGCGCUCACAUCCUGCCUUAAACGUCUGCACGGUGCUAAACGUCAUCGGUACCCGGAUUGUUGCUCGCUCACAUUGUGCCUGAACCUAAUCAGCAUCUUUUUAUAGAAGUUUUUUAUAACUAAACAUGUGACUAUUUCAGCCUAAGACUGCAUUAAGGAGCAACCACAACGUUAUUACUGCACAGUAUGAGUUUGUAUUCGGGAGGAUUAUUACCCUCCAUCAGGCUAAACAUCUGAGGUCACCUGUCUUCCACGAAGGGCAAAGGUCAGCCUUAAGAGGAUUGAGCUGGAGCUGCUGUUCGAGACCCUGUUAGGGCCUCAGAUGUUGGCUCGUGUCUGAUUGCUGAUGUGACGGCCUCAUCAGCCCGGAGCUCAACAAGCAUUGAGAGGAGCUGACGGAGUGAUUUUCCAUUCACAGGCAGCUGCUCUUCACAGUAUGAUGUAAGGAUGGCUUUUUGCUCAACACACAUUGUUGCCUUAUUAUACGUAACACCACAUUUCCCAGUGCGUGAUUAUCUGGUGAUUUUUAUAUUAAAACAAUGUCACAAAACUAUGCUAAAUCAA